AUGCAGUCGAGGCAAGGAGGGCAAGAAUCAACUUGCCAUGGAGUGGAGCACCCCUCACUGAAUUGGGAUGAUUGGCGCGAGCAGGUCACGGCCUAUGCUGAAGCUGCGCCCGCCUGGCUGCAGGGCGACGUUGAGGAGCCCCCAGAAGUUUUGGACAUCGCGACAGCAGAAGCGCAGGGUGUUGUGUGGAAGUCUUCCUCGGGUGCUGUUGCACAAGGAGGCCGCAGCAUUUCUGAGUGGACGGCGAUGUGCCCUCUGGGAAUCUUAGCUGCUUUUGCCGUGCGGGCAUCUGGGCUUGUUCUUGGACAUGUGGAUGUGCACCGCAUCGUGCAGCGCGCGAUCGAAGCAACGGAGUCCGUGAUGCCCUCCUUGGAGACGAUUCUGGAGUCGCCUUGGCCAAUCUUCAAGGUGCUGCAUGCAAUGAGCCUCAUGAAACGGACCUUCCACGACGUACAAGUUUCUCCGGGAGACUUGGAGGGCCGCGGCAGCAAUGCCCAGCGCUCGGAGACGUGGUCCCGCGUGGCGCGCUUGCUGCGGAGCGCCGCGGCGCGUGGGGAACGGGCUGGUGGCACACCCAUGGUUCUCCUAACAGGUUUGCCUCACCAAAGGGUGGAUCACCUUCUGGACCUCUUCAAGCAUGCCGACAAGCUCGGCUACCUAGCCCCUCUUGUGGUUGCACCCCUCUACCCGAACGUGACGCAAGCCUGCUCCAAGAUCGCGGAAGUUUUUGCAGCCCGGUCGGCAGUGCCAGAGAACUGGUCACCCUGCCUUCCAUACGUGUCGCGGUUUCAGCAGAGGGCCCAGUACCUGUACAUCUACAUUGGGCUUCAGCUGGAUCUGGCUGUCCUGUGGUUUGACUUCCACCUGACCUUCCUUCAAGACCCCUUCCAGUGGCUGCCUCUCGCUGCUGAAGGCCGGCUGAGCCCUCCGGCCUAUCGGGAGUCGUGCCAGCACUUCUGCGUUGCUCCUGGAAUGGCAGACCUGUACUUGGCCGACGAGUUCUAUGCGCCAUUCUUGGUAAAGCCCACUCUCAUGUUCAUCAGGCCGACUCGGGCGUCUUUCGAGUGGCUGCGCACAUUUUUGCUCUGGCUUUGCACUUUCCCAUUCGCACACGAGGCACGCGGCCUUCAGUUCAUGAUCUUCCCCGAUCGCUUGGACCUGGUGCCUUCAGUGUCAAUGCUGCCCGCUUCGGAGGGUGUCCCUCGCAUCGUGUUGGGCGAACUAGAUGCGGAGCAGAAGUUUGUGGGCACGGAUGGCUGGUUUGGAGAAUUUGAGAACGUCCUCUCCUUCGAGAUCAAUGGCUUUCUGCAUGAAGCCGACCGUGUGUACCUUCUUGAGGCCUUGCGAACUGGAGACUCGGAGCAGCAACGCCAGAUUCUUCUCAAAACCCGGAAGUCCAUCUCGCCGAGACGGCCGACGGAUCGCGCCUACCGACAGCAUGCAGAGGGCUACACAGAGGAGCCGUGUUCGUGGCACUAUGCGCAAGAAGCAUUUCUGGGUGGCUACGCAGAUUCUGAAGAGGUCUUCCACCAAGCAGAAAAAGCACUGUGCAAGUGCCUUCACUUUGGUGCAGCUUGCAGGGGUAUCACCUGCGAAGGCACCGAAAAGGAGAGCUGCACACUUCGGAAGGGUUCACCCUUCCUUGCACCGUCCCCGACUGGGGAGUGGAGCUUCGUCAAGGUCUGCGAAGAUCUAGGCUGCAACGCAACCCCCGCGAAGCGAAUUGUGCACGUGAAUUUCGCCGACGGCUGCUGCGAGAGGGAGCAGGCCCAGAGCUCCGAGUCGGCACGGCGCUUGGGCGCCUCCGAGAGCCGGGCGCUACGAGGCGACUUUUUGGACGAGGACUUCCGACGGAAGAACGAGGUUCUGCUGACGUUCAAUCGGACUCCAGAGCUCACUCAACACAAGACUCCUUCCGGCAAGGUCGGGUAUUAUGUCUGGAAGCCGUAUGUCAUCCUCCAGACUGUGCUGGAUCCCACCCUUCCGUGGGAGACGACCGUUGUUGUUUGGACAGAUGCAGGAAUCUAUUUUGUCGGCGAUAUGCGCCCGCUCGUUCAGGAGUUCCUGCGCGAUUCAGAUGUCUCUGCGACAAGGACUCCCAUGAAUGAGGGCGACUUCUCCAAACGGGAUGCCUUCAUUCUACUGGAUGCAGAUGUUCCCAGUAUAAUGGAAACAAACCAGAUUGCAACUGGCAUCAUUUUGGUUCGAAAAACGCGGUUGGCAGUAUCCUUUCUGGAGAAGUGGUUGGCUGCGUGUGAGGACCGACGGAUAAUGACUGAGGAGCCUUCUGUGCUCGGAUUUCCUGAGUAUCCAUCUUUCAGGAACAACAACGAUGAUCAGACCGCAUUCUCUCUGCUGUUCAAGUUGCACGGAUUCCGUGCAUUUUCUGUCGAGGAGCGUGAUGCUGUAGUUUAUACAGGACGGAAUUUGGCGAAGUUUGUCAAAGCAUCCAACGACUUCGCUUUAGGUGUGGUCUCAGACCAGGAUGCAUAUUUACGGGCGGCCGAUGAUGCUGCCGGCCAGCCAAAGCGGAGUUCAGCUGUGACCUAA